AUGAAAUUCGCUCUACUUCUGGCUCUUCUAGUUGGGGGCGCGUCUGCUCUUCAUCUGAAGUCUGAAACUUCUGACUUCAAAAGCCCUUUGGGAGAUGACAACUUGCCUAGGGAUGUGGAGAUCUCAAGACCGGAAGCAGAAGAGUGUCCACCUGGAGAGGAGCUAAUAUCACUGGAGGAAGAGGAAGGUUCUGGAAGUGACGACACCCCUGGGGUUGAGGGAGCUGUCUCAGGCCAGGAUAUGGCUGAUGAGGAUUUUCAGUGCCCCAAGGAAGAGGACACAAUCAGUCUGAAGGGCAACCCUGGAUGUAAGACUUGUCGGUUCCUCCUGGUGAGGCAGUUUCGAAAGUUUGACAGUGCUCAGUCAGUUUGCCGGAGAUGCUACCGGGGCAACCUUGCCUCCAUCCACAGCUUCAGAAUCAACUUCCAAAUCCAGGCCUCUCUCAGGGCACUCAACCAGGGUCAAGUCUGGAUUGGAGGCAGGAUCAGAGGCUUGGGUCCCUGCAAACGCCUUCAGUGGGUUGAUGGAAGCUCUUGGAACUUUGCAUAUUGGGCUUCUGGCCAGCCCCGCUGUGGUAUUGGCAGAUGCGUGACCAUGUGUACUCGAGGAGGCCACUGGCGUCGAUCUUUGUGUAUCAAGAGACGUCCCUUCAUCUGUUCGUAUUGA